UUUGCGCUCACGUGUGUUUGGCAGUUCAAUAACAGCUCUUCUUCCGGGACUUUCUAGUCGCCACGACCAAUCAAAGUGCUCUUCCUGUCCUUACCAUUGUCAGCCUGCUGCCAAUGCUGCCAAUCGGGGCGCUUCUACCAACGCCCCUUAAAGGCGCCGCCAACGUCUCCAAAGCCGGGGCAAACCAAUUCCUCGGUUCCGGCCCCCACCUGCAGUAUGGAGUCGUCCUGGGGGCGGCCUGGGGCGGAGGCGGACCCCACGGCUCUAGGGAAACACCAGGCCGCGAUCUUCGGCGGUGGGCCCGCCCGAACAUCCUCUGAGCCACCCUCAGACCUCAGGCUCUCCGAGAAGGAAGAGGCCGAGAACGUUGGGGGCGCGAGCCGCCACCCCAGGGCGUCCCCGAAGACUUCGAGCUGCAGCGUAGUCCACCGGUCGGAACGGGAAGCGCGGGAGGACGAGGCUGGGCCCCGGAGCCGCCGGGAGGAGCCGGGUUCGGAACACGACCUGCCCCCUUCUUCCCAACACCAGGACCCUGAGCCGCCGGAGGACGAGCCUGCAUCCGAGAGGUUCUGCCGUCGAGGGAGUCCGGGAGGGGGCGGAAUGAAUAUUGAGCAGCAGCAGCAGCGGGAGGACAGCGAAGAGGUAGUGGCGGCCAGCAGGACUGGCCGCUUGUUCUCCAGCCGCCUUCAGGACAGCCGCAGCCUGGAUGGGCUAAGCGGAGCGUGCGGCGGCGCCGGGUCUGCAGGGGGUGCCGAGGCCGGCGCAGGCGGCGGGCGCCGCGCCACUAUUUCCAGCGCCCUGGAGCUCGAGGGCACAGUGAGCCGCCACGGCGACCUCACCCACUUUGUGGCCAACAACCUGCAACUCAAGAUCCGUCUGAGCGGCGCCCCUCAACCCCCGCUACCUGCCCCUGCGCGGCCCUGCCCAACGCCUGCUUCCACUCCGGCCAUCCCGCCUAUCGACCCCGACGUGCUGCGGGACCUGGAGCGGCUGAGUCGGGAGCUGGGCGGCCGGGUAGACCGUCUGCUCCGCGGGCUGGGUGGCGCGGUGCAGGAGCUGACAGCGCUGAGCGUGGGCUGCAUCCAGACCUACCGCGACGCCGUGGACUCCUUAGGAGAAGCCGUGGACAUGAGCAUCAAAGGCAUGUACACCCUGCUGGCGCGCUGCGAGGAGCUGGAGCGGGCGCUACAGCCGGUUCAGGGACUGGCGCGCCAAGUCCGAGACAUCCGACGCACACUGGAGGUGUUGGAGGCACUGUGCAAGUGACCAGGAGGGCAGGAGCGGCCAGGCCGGACGGGGACAGGGCCCAGCAGGACCCUUAAGGACUCAAGGAGCCCUGGUGGGGACUGUCCGGAGGGGAGACCUGUAUGCGUUGGAGGCUCUUCCAGAUGCAUUUAACAGUCUGGCGCCUAAUCGCUGAGCCUUAGGCGGGUGUAAAUGGGAAGUCCUAAUUCCUCUCUUGGAGGGAGGGGAUGAUGCUCUGCUUAUAUAUUCAACUGGCAAUCUGUAGCUACCCUAUUCUCCACGACUUUCUUUCCUAGCUAGAGCACCGUCCUUGGGAACCCAGGACUUUAGAUUUCGGCUUGAAGGUGGAGACACGACUCCGUUAUGUGAUCAAGAGAGGGGAACAGAGGAGGCCCCACCCCCACUGUGGCCACCCUGACUCCAGUGGCCACAUCUCAGGUGCCAGGGGCUUUAGAAGCUUAAGUGGACCUUGGCCACACCCCAUGCAAGCAAGGAUGCACACCUGCAGAUGGACAACCUUCUGUUUCUGCCCUCUCCCCCUACCAUACCACUUCCCUAGCCAGAAGCAAGGCAGAGUUCAGAGGAGUUCAUCUCACGGUGAAGGGGAUCAGGUGAGAGGUGUCUCACUGCUCUCAGGGUUCAGGUAGAAUUGUUGCUGGUUUUGAAGCCCACCUGUUGUGGAGUGUUCUAAUCAGUUUUGGCUUUCUGAGUUUUGUGGAAUUAAAGUGCUGCUACUGCUAAGACUGAGGCUGCGUCUGUGUGGGGUUGCGGGGCUUGCGGAGCAAGAGG